AUGAGUGCCCCAUGGCAUCUUUCACCUGAAGCCUUGCAACAGCUGGCCAGGUGCUUGACCCCUACUGGGACCGCCGACUAUGCCGCCUUGACGGUCCUGUCGAUGGCCGCUGCUACCUAUCUAUCUCGUGGUGUGCUCUGGGAUCAGCCUGACCCCUACCGUCAUUUGCUCUAUGAGCGUCCUCAAUUGAGGAUGGGCGGUGCAUCCGGCACCAACGCACAUCAAGAAACACGCAAUAUUGCCCAGAAACUCGUUGAGGCGGAUAAAAACAUUGUCGUCUUCUGGGGCUCCCAGUCGGGGACUGCAGAGGGUUUUGCUCAUCGCCUAGCACGCGAGAUCGCCUUGCGCUUCCAGCAGUCCACCAUGACGGCAGAUCUGUCAGAUUAUGAUCCAGAUUCAAUCCGCGAGAUUCCAAGCUCCAAAAUAGCCAUUUUUCUGCUUUCUACAUAUGGAGAGGGGGAUCCGAGUGACAACACAGCGGAAUUUUGGGAUUGGAUUCAGAAGGCCCCCGAGGGAUCACUAUCCAAUCUCCGCUACUGCGCCUUCGGGCUGGGCAACAGCAACUACAAGUUCUACAACCGAGUCGUUGACGUGGUUGUCCAGGCUUUAGAGCAGCGCGGUGCUCGAUCAUUGCUGUCUGUAGGCAGAGCCAAUGAUGCUGAAGGUACCACGCAAGAAGACUUUAUCAGCUGGAAGGACGACCUCUUCGCUGCCUGCCGCACCCAGCUGGGCUUUGAGGAAGGCGAAGCUCAAUACCUACCUACAUUGACAGUGGACGAAGAUGAAUCACUGGAGCCCAUCGACAUCCAUCAUGGUGUACCAGAUGCUCGCGAUCCUUCAGGCAAGGUGUCUGCGCAGUGCUCCGCCAUACGCGCCCUCCCUGUGUCCAGCGCGCGGCAGCUUUUCUCGACGGCGGACCGCCAUUGCCUGCAUUUGGACCUAGACCUAACUCGUCAGCCAGAAUUUACCUACAAGACUGGUGACCACCUAGCCAUAUGGCCUGGCAACCCUGACGUCGAGGUCGAGCGUCUACUACAAGUGCUGGGCCGCACGGACCGUCGUCAUGUGCCCAUUGUAAUCCGAUCCGUGGACGCAGCCACCAAAGUCAAGAUCCCCACGCCUACGACCCCCGCUGCGCUCUUUCGCUAUUACCUUGAGAUCGGAGCGCUGGUCAACCGAGACCAAAUUCUGGGGCUGGCCCCGUUUGCGCCCACGCCAGAAGCCAAGGCGUUUCUGCUUCGCCUUGGCCAAGACAAGGCCGCAUACGCUGACUUCCUUCGUCGCACCCAUGUCAAUCUUGGCCGUCUUCUUCAGCUGGCCGCUCCCCGUCAGAUCUGGACGCAACUGCCCCUGUCAUAUCUUGUUGAAACCAUGUCCCCGAUCCAGCCCCGCUACUACUCAAUCUCAUCAAGUAGUGUUCUCUCCCCUCGCAAACCCUCCAUCACCGUCCUCGUCGCCUCAAGCCCCGUCCCCGAGAAACCCACAGAAAUCAUCCAUGGCGUGACUUCCAACUACCUCCUCGCCUUGUCGGAGCACUAUCGCGACGCUGCAACCGGUGCUCACCCUCACGGCCUCACCUAUUACCUCCCCGGCCCCAGCGACGCGCUCGAGGGCGGCCAAGUCCUAGCUCACCUCCGCAAGAGCAAAUUCAAGCUACCUCGCCUAGCCAACUGUCCGCUCAUCAUGGUCGCCGCCGGAACGGGCUUGGCCCCUUUCCGGGCCUUUAUCGCCGAGCGCCGCCAGCUGCAGCAGGUCGGCCGUGAUGUCGGGGAGAUGAUCCUAUUCUUCGGCUGCCGGCGGCCCGAUGAAGACUUCAUCUAUCGCGAAGAGCUGGAAGCUCUCCAAACCGCAUUGAGUGACCGUCUCCGCAUCGUGACGGCUUUCUCCCGGCACGAGGAGACGCCUCGCCAAUACGUUCAAGAUCGGGUCGGGGAGCACGGCGAAGACAUGGUCAGGCUGAUCGAGGAGGGCGCGAACGUGUACAUUUGCGGGCGGGCAGGAAUGGCGCGCGAGGUGGAGAAGACGGUCGGCCAGGCCAUGCGGAAGAUGAAGGGAUGGAGUGAUGCGGAGUGGAACGAUUGGAGUAAAGCCUUCAAGAGGAAGGGAAAGUGGCAAGAAGAUGUUUGGGGCUAGAUAGUUGAAUCUCGUGCUCUAAAUUUCAGCAGGGUUUCAGCUUUCUUGUGGUCUUACAGAUAUUUUCUAAUGAG